AUGGCAGGAAGAAACUUCGAAGAUAUUUCAUCGGCUUGCGAAGUUGCUGCACAAGCACUACAAGCUAUUGGCAAUUUAAGAAAUCCUGAUAUUCGAAAUUUAGCAGAAUCAACUGCUUCAAACAGCAGUGCAAGUAAUUCAAAUAUGUCGACUACUUCUGGUGGAAAUAUCUCGGUAUUUGCAGCUGAGCUCGGACAGAGAUUUCCCACAUUUAAUGCUUGCAUUAAUAAUACACGAGGCAGAGAAAGUCACAAUUCUUCUAGUCGCAGUACAGUUAAAAAGAACUCCAAAAAGCGGAAGUCCAAUGAUAACACUCAAGAUGCAUCGAGUGGAUCUGGAACAAAGAUUGGGCGACCUUCGAA